GUACAGCAUGACCAAGGGCUGGCAGCUCUUUUGGCUCUGCACUGGCUUGUUCCCACCGAGCAAGUCACUGCUGAAACAUGCCCAGAAGUUCAUGGAGACACGUCAGAAAGAGACACUGGCCCUGGAGUGCAGCCGGAGGAUUCAGAGAGUGAUGAGGAGUGGCUCCAGGAAGUGGGCACCUCAUCCUGUGGAGGUUGAGGCCAUCUUACAGAACAAUACUAAGAUCUUACACAAGAUUUGCUUCCCCAACGAAACAGAACAGACAUUUGAUGUGGGAACAAACACCAAAAUCCGUACUCUGUGUCAGAACAUCGCUUCCAAAUUGCAGCUGAGCUCCUGGGAAGGUUUCAGCCUCUUUGUGAAGAUUGCAGACAAGGUGAUCAGUCAGAACGAAGCAGACUACUUCUUUGACUCACUAAGGCAGGUGACAGACUGGAACAGGAGGAACAAACCAGGGAAAGAUGGGGCUAUGUCUGCGGCUUAUGAGGUAUACUUCAUGAGAAAGCUGUGGCUGAAUGUAACUCCUGGGAAGGACCUGAAAGCUGAUUCCAUUUUUCAUUACCACCAGGAGUUGCCAAAGUACCUCAGAGGCUACCACAAGUGUUCCAAGGAUGAAGCUGUCCAGCUGGCAGGGCUGAUUUAUAAAGUGCGCUUCAACAAUGACCGCACACAGCUGGCAACCAUCCCCAAAAUCCUGAAGGAGCUGGUACCAGACAAUCUGCUCCGAGCAAUCUCACCAGAUGAGUGGAAGAAGAGCAUUACUGCAGCAUAUAGCAAACAUGAAGGAAAAACUGUGGAUGAGGCCAAGAUUGCGUUCUUGAAAAUGAUACACCGGUGGCCAACGUUUGGAUCAGCCUUCUUUGAGGUGAAGCAAACCUCGGAGCCAAAUUUCCCAGAAAUUGUGCUGAUUGCAAUCAACAAGCAAGGAGUCUCACUGAUACAUCAGAAGACAAAGGAAAUUUUAACAGUCUACCCCUUCAAUAAAAUCUCCAAUUGGAGCAGUGGGAGCACAUACUUUCACAUGACAAUAGGGAACCUGGUACGAGGAAACCGGAUCUUAUGUGAGACAUCUCUGGGUUACAAAAUGGAUGACCUGUUGACAUCCUAUGUACGCCUGCUAAUGAAUGCUGUAAACAAGCAAAAGAACCUCCCAGCCUGA